AAUUAAUUAUUAUAUUUAGCCGAGUCCAAAAAAAUGUUACAGUCAAUGACAGAAAAUUUAUGGUUCAAAUGACGGAAUAACCUAACCAGCAAGCGUGAGCAACAGAGCAAUUCAGUUUCGCUGAAGAUUUUCGAUAUUAAGCAGUGGAAUUGGCUAAAGCCUAAUUCAAGAUGGUGAACAACAGGGUGCCCUUGGUCUGUUCCAAGACCUACGUCACCCCCAGACGUCCUUAUGAAAAGGCUCGUCUUGACCAGGAAAUGAAAAUCAUUGGGGAAUAUGGUUUGAGGUGCAAACGUGAAGUAUGGAGUGUAAAAUACUCUUUGGCCAAGAUCCGUAAAGCUGCUAGGGAGCUCUUGACUCUUGACGAGAAAGAUCCCAAACGUCUAUUCGAAGGUAAUGCACUACUCCGUAGAUUGGUCCGUAUUGGUGUCCUGGAUGAAAACAGGAUGAAGCUCGAUUAUGUGUUGGGCCUGAAAAUCGAAGACUUCUUGGAACGUCGUCUCCAGACCCAGGUAUUCAAGUUGGGAUUGGCCAAAUCAAUCCAUCACGCUCGAGUUCUCAUCAGACAGAGACACAUCCGUGUAAGGAAACAGGUGGUAAAUAUACCAUCUUUCGUAGUCAGGCUGGACUCCCAAAAGCACAUAGAUUUCAGUCUGAGAUCGCCCUUCGGUGGUGGCCGCCCAGGUCGCUGUAAGAGGAAGAACCUCAAGAAGGGAACAAACACUGGUGCGGCACAAGAGGAGGAGGAUGAAGAGUGAUAUAGUUAUUUGUUCAUCUUCAAAAAUAAAGUGAUAAAGUAAUACAAA